UAACAAAGAAAGUGUUUGUUAGUUUUGCUUCGGUUGUUGUCUGUGCUUGUUGCUUGUUAUUCUAAUGUUUCAAAUUACCGAUGAUGCUGCUAAAAAUACGCCAUGCGCUCCUGGAAGUAACCAAUCAGGGCGCCAAGCAGUCUGCCAAGCAAUCUGCCGUUAUAAUUAAUAAUGAAAUCAUUAUAAGCUCGGGCAGCAUUUUACAGCCCUUUAUACGCGCCGCUGGCGAGGGUGAGCAAAUUCUUAGAGAUUUGCAGCAAUGCAAGCUCGUGGAUGCGCAGGAUGAGACCAGCAAGGAGUGUCAACUGCUACGCAGUUACAAUUACCUGGUGACCUUUGAUCGCCAGCAUCGGCCGUUGACGGAGCAACAGCAUAGCGGCCAAAGUGCGCAUAUUCUUACGCGCUAUGCAGCGCAGCCUUUGUACGUCUUUUCUGCAGAGGAAGUGUCGCGCAAUUUACAUAGGAUACUGAUUAAUGCAGAUGCAGAUGAACAGAAUGUGUUGCGCUCUAGUUUUGUGGUGCUGACCAUACGUGCGCUCAAGGAGCGCGAGUCCUUUAAGCGUUUUCUGCAACACAUUGCCAGCUAUUUGCGUUAUUUGCAACCCAUACAUACGCUGGAUGAUGUGCUGGUUAUGUGCUCGCCCUUUGGACUGGAGAAUUUCUACAAGACCAUUAGCAUAGGCAAGGUGGCAAAUGUCAUGGGCGCCUCGCUUUUUGGACUGUCCAAUGCGCUGCCACUGGGCUGCGAAGGUGCAGCGGUUUUCAACAAUAGGCUGCGUUUGAUAGGCAUUAUAAUCUGCACUUCAUUCCAACGCGUACAGGAGAAUGUUAAUCUAACAUUGGCCGCAAACUUUGGUUAUCUAUUGCGCGAUUUUAUGGAGCAGCUGGGCACGCCUAUUACCAUGAUAAGCUCGACUAGAGAACCUUCUAACUUUGCGUGGGAGCGUAGUAUUGCGGUCAUCGAGUCGGGUGGUCAACAAGGCACUGGCACGUUCAUUAAAGUGCACAAUCGACGUUUUAUACUCACCUGCGGACAUGUUAUUGGACAGCCCAAUGCGAAGCUGCACUGUCGCGCCAUCGAUCGUGAAUUUGAAGCGGAGGUAAUUUGGCACAAUCCCGACGAGGAUCGUCCUUAUGACUUGGCGCUGCUUACUGCUCCUUCAGAUGUACCUGUGCGUCAUUGUGUGCGCUUGGCACGCAAUCGCGCCUGCUUGGGACAGACUGUCUAUAAUGCUGGCUUUCCAUAUUAUGUAAACUUUAAUUUCAAAUAUGACUUUAAUCCUUCGAUAUUCCAAGGACGCAUCAUUAAAUGUGAUCAAGGCGCCAUUAUGUCUGAUGGCAGCGUGCAGGCGGGUCAAAGUGGUGGACCUAUGUUCGAUCAGCAUGGCAAUAUACUGGGCGUUUGUGUGUCCAAUAUAAAGUACGAGGACGUGGUUUAUCCAAAUAUAAAUACAGCUAUACCCAUUUACGAUAUACGUCAGACGUUGGUGGAAUUUGCCAAGACAAGUGAUAUAAAUGUGCUGAGCAAUCUGUUGGCCAGUCAGGACGUGCGUCGCGUCUGGUCGCUGCAAUUGCCGCCUAUACAAAGCAAGUUAUAAAUUAGUUUUGUUGCUGUAAUAUUUUACAUGUAUAUAUGCUUAAUUUUAUUGUGAAUAAACCUUUGUACCUAAUA